AUGUCGCCAGCUGUUAUCAGUUUGCAAUUGCACUUGGAGGGCUGUCAGUUGAUACCACUAAAAAAAGACUCAAAUCUACAGAAUAUCGUAGAUAAUGAGUUCUUAUCCAGAACAAUGCUUACUCAAUUUUUCUGGAUGAAUGCUCACAACGACAAAGCAAAAGUAUUGAAAUUACUAUACAAAGAUUUCCCCCAGCACUUCGUGUGGAACAGCCCAUCAAGAUCAUGGACAGAGCGAAAACAGCAAGAACUUGUUGGCCGAAUCAUCACAGCAAAUCCUAGCGAAGUGAAUCCAUUGGAGUUAUUCUUCAAAUUUGAAGACGAUAUGGUUGAAGACUAUAUCUCUUUAUCUCAGCUUGUUACUUCGGAUUCAACAAAGAAAGCAACACCAAGGGAAGUAGAAGAUGAAAUAAACAUUCCUAUAUCAGAAGAUGAUCUGAAAAGCCCAGACGUAUUAAAUGAUGAGCAGUUAAUUGCCUACAAUAACAUAUUGGAUGCUGCUUUUCAUAAGAAGCCCAAAUGUUUCUUCAUUGAUGGGCCCGGAGGUACUGGGAAGACAUUUCUUUAUCGAGCUCUACUUGCAGCAGUUCGUUCGCAGCAUCAGAUUGCAUUGGCAACAGCCAGCUCUGGAGUUGCUGCAUCAAUUCUGCCAAAUGGAAGAACUGCGCAUUCCCGCUUCAAAAUUCCAGUUAGUUGUGAAGGCAAACUGUGCUGUAGCAUAUCAAAGCAAUCUGGCUUAGCUACUCUCAUAAAGGAAACUACACUUAUUAUUUGGGAUGAAGCAUCAAUGGCAAAAAAGGAAUCAAUUGAAGCUUUAGAUUACCUGCUACGAGAUCUUAUAGAUAACGACACAUUAUUUGGAGGAAAAGUUGUGGUUCUAGGAGGCGAUUUUAGGCAAGUAUUACCUGUCAUUCCAAAAGGAACUAGGCAUGAUUGCAUUAAUGCAAGUAUAGUGAGAUCAUACAUAUGGCAAUCACUGAUCAAGUUCAAGCUCACACAAAACAUGCGUGCAAGGAUUGAUCCAGCAUUUAGUGCAUACAUUCUGCGAAUCGAAAAUGGUCUAGAAAAGGAAAAUGAAGCCAGAGAAAUCAAACUGCCUACAUCCUUGGUCAUACAACCAACCUCAACAAUCCCAUCUUUAGAUCAAUUGAUCCAAUUUGUCUUCCCAUCUUUUCACAUUGACACAUUAAACCCACUCUCUUUGACUGACUCAACCAUUCUAACCCCCAAAAAUGAAGCCGUAGAUGAAAUCAAUGAGAUAAUGCUUUCGAAAUUCCCAGGGAAAGAGCACACCUACUUAAGAUUUGAUGAAACAACUGAUCCAACUCAACAAGGACUCUACAUUGAUUUCUUAAAUUCCAUCACACCACCAGGAAUGCCAUGCCACUGUCUCCGACUAAAAGAGAAUAGCCCAAUUCUAUUACUGAGGAACAUAAAUCCAUCCCAAGGGCUAUGCAACGGCACAAGAUUGAUAUGCAAAGAAUUUACAAGCCAUUUGAUUACUGCUCAGAUAGCAGUAGGAGAAAGGAAAGGUACUACGGUAUUCAUACCAAGGAUCCCUCUACGACCAAAUGAUAUCCAGCAUUACCCAGUACCAUUCACAUGUCGCCAAUUCCAGGUCCAGAUGGCCCCAAGCAUUCUGCCACUAAGCAAUGUCAACCUCACAACCUCAAACUAUGUAGUUCAAGCCAUGGUAAUCGAAAAGAACAUUCCAAGGAUGUCAACCUCGAGCAAUUCGCAAUAUCAAAGGAUAAUUUUGCAGGAUAAAGAGCUUCCUGAUCUUCACCCUACGGACCUUGCUUACCUGACUUGCUACAUUUGUUCAUCAAGCUAUCAUACAAAUGGUUCCAAAUAG